AUGAGUCGCAAUUUUGUUCCUGCUCUCCUCGCUAUUGGCGUGGGUGUUUUCACCGGCUACUACACCUUCCAGCCCACAUUCCAGCAACUGCAAUAUGAGAAAGACCACUCGCAGAAGACCACACCCCCGUCUGGGUCGUUUGCUCCUAAGCAGAAUACCGAUGAUUUCCCCAAAGCCACCUUUGAGCAAGAUCCCAAGCCGACGACUCAGUGA